UCGAAGUUCGUUUUAAUUUUUUUACGAUCGUAUUUCGUCGCGAUCCAUAAAGCCGUUCCGUAUGUAUUUGUUUUACGAUCGAACUACGUCGAUCAUAUAAAUCUCUUCUCUUGAACGAACUCGUAUCGCGCGUUGUAUAGCCAUGUAUAUUCAUAUAUAUAUAUUUAUGUAUGUACGUACGUACACGUUCCCUUCCUACUCGAAUUACUUGCGCUUAUUAACGCUGACGUAAAAUAUUAAAACGGUCGUGUAACGGGCGCAACAGACUGGUACCCCACGUGCUUCGUUAAUUAUAAUAUCUGCCCACACCUCGUGGUCGAUCUAUUCAGUAUUAAUCUGCACUGAGUCCUAAGGAUUAGAAUCGUAUCGCACGAAAUCGAGAUUACGCGUGGGUCGUAUCGAAAGAUCAUGGAAAGCGCGACGAGGCUUUCGUAUAUUCGUUGAUUUAUGCUCGAUUCGCAAAAGCCUUCUGGAUUAAUGAAAAGUAAGGGAAAGUUUACGAACAGGAAUAUAAAUAGUUGAUAUUUAUGUAAUGAUUAGAAAUAUAUUACAGAAUGAUAUUAUAGAGAAGAUUAAAGGAACGAGUUUAAAGAAUUAUGAAUUAAUCGACUCUUCAUAUAAUAUUUUUAUCCAUUCAUUCAUUUCAUAUCGUUAUAUAAUUAUUUAUUCUAAUCCGAUAUUCAGUUUAUAUUUAUUUUGUUAAAUUUACUAUGCGAAGUUUACGCGCAUAUACACCUACAUAUCGAAAGAUAUUUCUUUUUUUAAAGUCUUGCGUAACAGAAGGACGAACCUAUCGUGCAAGAAGCGAUCAUGGAUGAGAGUUUGGGUCACGUCUCUCAACAUUCACGCACGUACGCGCAAACAUAUACACAAAGCAAAAUACCCGUAAACAAGCAAAAUACACCAGCUUAACAGCAGCACCGUUCUUCGUGUAUCGGACAGUAGCAUCGUCGUCGGCGUAGGUAGUAAAAGCUAUGGAGAAGAUUAAGUUGAGAAGGAUUUUCGUCGUGGCAAAAGCUCGUAAAUAAACACAUCCAACAUCGAUUCCUUUGAUCGUUCGAAAGUUCGAAAGCCGAUGACACUCCCUGACCAACGUCAAGAAGAUUGAGAGGCAAGACAUUAGACUUUCUGAGAGUUGAAAGAGAAGAGGAAAAUAAGAGGCAGAAGAAGAGGAGGCGGAGUAGGAGGAGGAAGACGUCUUUCGUCUCUUCCCGUAGAAGACGAUGCCGUUCAUCGUAUUCUCGAAGAACCAUAAGAAACGUUGUCAUUUGCUGAGAGGAGCAGAAGAAGAAGAAGAGGAAGAAGAAGAAGAAGAAGAAGAGAAAGAAGAGGAGGAAGAGGAGGAGAAAAAGGAAGAAAAGGACAGAAAUGAAGUCAAAGUGGCGCUGGUAGACCCGCGAAGGCUUUUAUAUGCACGAGAAACGCUCUUUGCCGCUCACGGCGAGAUAUGAGCUCUAAAUUUAGCCGUAAGAAUUUUCGCAGCAUCUACACGCGUGGCUGUUCCCUCUAGUGACUACUAUUGCCGCUAUUCCGCGUCUUUUGCUUGAUUUUUACAGGACGAGUCACAUUGGGCUCGAAUUUAUACGAAGUCAAGUGUGCGGCUAAAGAGAGAUAAAGAGAGAGAGAGAGAGAGAGAGAGAGAGAGGGAGAGAGAAAGAGAAAGAGAAAGAGAGAGCGAGAAAAAGAGAAAGAGAGACCAAGAGCGGACACACGUUCGUUCUUUCUCUUUCUCUCAUUCUCAUCUCGCUCUCUUUACAAAGCUAGUUUCUCGCAUUAACAGUACUAAAAGAGUAUAUGUCUGUGUACAUCCGUCUGUGUGUCUGUUCGUAAGAAUAGAAGAAUAGUAGACGACGAGAAGAGCAUCUUUAUUUUCGGAUGACUCUCUGAAAAGAUGCUGAUCACCAAGUACACUACGAUACUGCUGCAGUCGACCAAUCAGCACAUCAUUAGAAGCGAUGUCUUCUUGGAACCGUAUCUGCAACAGCACGGGACCGUUCAGGUUGUCAGCUCGCCGAGCACGCCACCACCGAAUCCGCUCCAGCAUCAUCAACUUGCGCAGUUACAUCAUGGACAGAGCGAAGAGUCGCUUUCUUCGGAAGGCUCGGCCACCUCGGGAGGAUCUUCAGGCACCACGGAAGAUUCUGGCAGCGAGGUGGCAUGUGACAUAACGCUGAUCGAAAGACUCAUACGAUCCCAUCCGAUUUGGUUCCUCCCGGGUAUUCAAAGAGCUGGCGCUUUCCACUUGUUGCAAGGAAAGGAGGAAGGGAACUUCGUAGUCCGACAAUCGAGUCAAAGCGACACGAUGGCCCUUUCGGUGAGAUUACCAGCCGGGAAGGGACCUUACAUCGAGCACUACCUGAUCCAAGCCAACAAGGGGAAGUUGAGCUUGGAAACAAGUGAGAACAGGUUCGACAACAUCCCCUCAUUGAUAGCUCAUUAUUCCCAGUGCUGUGAUGAGUUGCCAGUGCAAUUGACGCUACCGAGAGCAAUGCGAGAGGCCAAGAAUAGGCAACAACUUUCGUCACUAGCACUUUUAGGUCAAGAAUUUUGGAGAUAUCCGAUGGCGAAUCCAAAACCACCGGAGAGCAGUAGUAGUAACACAUCGAGUUUAAGUAGUUUCCAUGGUUGUAACAACAAUCAUAAUAACAACAAUAACAAUGGUGGUACUCCGACGACAGAAAGCAUCGUUCUUAAUCUCGCACCUAUUUCAUCUCACGAUACACAAAAUUCGUCACCAACAAAUACAGGAACGACGUCGACGUUCGCUUCAUCCUUACCACGACAGCCAAGACCAACGCCACCGAAUACGCUUAAUCUGACAACUUUUAAUGAACCACUGGACGUAAAGAAAGAUCAACACGAAGUCAUGUCUCCGUGUGAGAAACUCUCGCAAAAAUUGAUCUCUCCGAACUUGGUGCAAAGCGUACGUUGCCCAUCACCCAUCGUUCAUAACGUCGAGAGCAACGUUCUUAGUCCCACUCAGGAUACUAAGGGAAACUUCGAGAGCACGAGAAACAUCCUUGAAACACCGAAGACGACGAUCGUCGAGUUUUCAAGAAGUAGCAAGUUUACCUCCAUCGGCACGUCGACAUCGAAUUUCCAUCAAAAUAUUUCCAACUUUAAUAAUCCCUCAUGCACGAAUUCACCUAUCAUAGCUGAUGGUCAGAUCGUUGGGCAAAACGUCAAAACUCCACCGCCACCACCACCAAGAUGGGCAAAACCUGGAUUAAGUCAAAAUCAAAGUAAUUUUACCGUGACCACAACCGUUACGUUCAAUGUCAAUCAAACUAACGACGUUAAUGUGUCACAGCAAAACACACCGACAGAAGCGAACACAUCAUUAUUGAGUCCACAAAGUGCAACAUCCAACAAGUCUCUCACAUCGAACUUUUCCAUAAAAUCACCUCUUUCGCCAACGAUGCCAGUGCUAUCACCCACAUCGAAAUUAGUCUCCAACGUCGGUAGCAAAACACCAAAUGUUCUUUCGCCCACGACACCAUCUAGCACAAGCAAGUCAAAACGACGACGUGAUCGCGAAGCUAGGAAGAAUUCCCAGCAUUAUCAAGAAUCUGAUAUCCUUGAUUCGUAUUACCGUAGCUCACCAGGUGAUAAAAUCUCAGACUACGAGGAUAUCUGGAACACAACCGAUCAAUCGAAUCACUCUACUUGGUCACCGAACGACAGACUCACACGUAACGAGCCAUCCGGUAAUGCUCAGGAUCGUUUAAGAAAUUCCAACGAUCGAUUGAUCGGUCAAGAGAGAUUAUUUAGUCCGAUCGAGAGAUGUCCCAAUCAGAGAGACGACAGAUUGACGGGGAACAAGCAGCUGAUCGUAAGAAACGAGAGGUUCAUUUUGAGAAAUGACAAGUCGGUUAUAAAUGAGAAACUCGGUUAUAAGGAAGUUACUAGUCCAGAAUUCAGUAGUUUUAAACCCGUUCCUGAAAUGAAAAAUACCGAACAGAUAUCACCUGAAGAAACAGGAAUGGGAAGAAGGCCCGAUUUACUCUCUAGAGUUUGUAGUGCCAAUUCGCUGAACAGUCCUAAUGCAGUGACACCGCCAAGAAAUAAACUAGGAUUGAUACUCGCCAAAUCAGAAAGCAAUAGUCCUCUAACACCUGAAUCGAAACAAGGUAGUCCAUUUUACGCGGAACCAGCUGAUGCGAUCGGUCAAAGCGCAGCGAUAAUACCAAGGAGAAGAUCGAAGAACAAUCCGGCAACAAAUAAAUAUCGUCAUAGCGAACCAGGCUGGCUACAAACACCGGUUGGCAAUAAUUCGAAUCAAUUACAUCCUAUCGACUGGGAGGAGACGGAAGAGACAGAGGAUAAGACACCAUUGAUAUCGUCAUCCGUCGACAAUUUAGCUAAACGCCUUGGUACGAGAGAAGUGAAAAAAAUUCCUCGGGCAAAACCCGUACAACCACCAAAGAUUAGAGUCAAGGUAUUCAACGAUACAUCCUGGGCCGUGGAUUCGAGUUGGGAAUUUAUCGGAAACGAAGGAGACGAUUGUGAGCCAGAUUACGACUGUGAUGCAGAUUACGAUGGAGAAAACGUUGCGAGAAAGUUUCCGGACGAGGAGUGCGAUAAGGAUAUUGUAGGGAAUACUUUGACCGUUCAGAGUAUCAUUCUGCAACGGUACCCAGAAUUGUUAAAACCACCGGAUACGUCAGAGUCGGUGUAUAGCGACAGAAACUCCUCGUACGAUAAUGUCGAAAAGAGGAAUGAAAGAGAGGACACGCCGGAAUCGAGAAAGGAUCAAACGUACGACCCAUCCGAAUGGGAAACUAUGUUAGAUACGGACGAGAGUGAUGUAGAGAGAAUCAAGAGAAACAAAAGCUUCAAGGAAAGACUGGAUCCUCUCUUGUCACCACCGAGAUUACAAGCUCUAAGAAAUCGCGACGUGAGUGGUACUGGUUCAACGAUAAGAUCGUACGCCCUUCAAUUAGCAGCCGACAAAACAACCACGUUCUCCCAAAAUAUCGACAAUUUUAUUCAAUGCACGAAGGAAGGCAAGGAAGCGAGCCCUCAUGUGGUCAUGAGGAAUAUGCGACAAUUUAUGUCAGGAAUGAAGAAUUAUUUGGUGAAGCACGGUGAACGAGAGUUCGAGAAAGAAGUUGAGAAAGAGAGAUUAAAAUUAAAACCGAACGAAUUUUUGAAUCUUGAUGCCAUUCUGGAAGGUGUGAUGAUGAGUCUCGUUGUACGGCCACUUAGAGAGCACGUUUAUAGGCUCUUCGUUGAUCAUUAUGCUAGCACGGGCUCUCUUCAAACGCUCGCUGAAAGUAUUCAACAUGCCCAGGGUAAACACGUUCAAGAUCUUGGUGUUCGACCAAAAAUUAUACCUCCGUCGGAAUCAAGUCUGGAACGUAUAUUGAAGUACCUCGAACGACUACAGAAAGCAGACUCCCCAUUGGAUAAGUUGGAGAAUUUAUUAGCUGCAAUAUCUGCAAUAUUUAACUCUAUUAAACAUGCCAAUUCCGGAAGGCACGUGACACUAGGCGCAGAUGAUCUUUUACCUCUUCUCGUCUGGGUAUUGGUUCGUGGUAAGAUCGUAGAUGCCGAGGUUGAAGCCGAGUAUAUGUGGGGCCUCCUUCAUCCUUCUCUCCUUACUGGAGAAGGUGGUUAUUAUCUGACGACGCUCUCUAGUGCGGUGCACGUUUUGAAGACUUUCAAAUCCAGUCAUGGAACAAUGUCUACGUUAAACGGCUGUGGAACGCCAGACUGUUCUUCUGUUCUACGUAUUCUUGUACCAGAUGAAUUACAUGGUUCUUUGAAUACUAGAACGUUACCAGUGCGGCCGAAUAUGAAUACCAGAGAUAUUUGCCGCAUUCUUGCACACAAAAUAAGAUGCACCAACCCUCAGGAUUAUGGUCUUUUCAAAUUGGUGCAAGGAGAAGAAACGCUGUUAGGCGAUCAUGAAUGCCCGCAAGAGCUCUCUCACUGCCUUUUUGCCUAUAAACGAAUCGAUGCGAAGAUAGCCUGGCCGAAAACCAGUUCUUGAACGUCGCGAAACAGCGUAUUUUUUAUUAAACUAAAUUAGAUUUGUAUCAUUCUCGUGUUGUUCGUAAGUUCGUGGCACAUUGUCAUUCUAUAAUUAUUCUACUCUGACUGAACUAUCUAAUAAGAUACGUCUAUGAAACUGGUGUGUCAAUCCAUGUAACUGAUUGUAUCUUAUAUACAUUUCAUGUUAUUGCGAAUAGUACCAUUGUUCUAUUAGAUCUGUACAACAUUUUCUCUCAAUCAGAAUUUUUUAGAGAUCUUUUUCAUUACAUUCUAUUCAUACAACAAUUUUAUUCCAAGAAAGGCAUUGUUUCACGAUUAGUUUCUUUUUAAAGCACCCAUUUAACUUUACGUGAACAAUAAAAUGCUUUAUAAAGAUUCAUAUCUUACCCUCGAAAUACUUGCCACUCUAGUACUCCUAGUACUUUUUAAUCAUAAAAAUUUUAAAAUAAUGGUAUAUCUCAUAAACUUAUAAAGAGAUAAAAUAUUCGACAGUAUGACUUAUUUUUCUUUUUAAUUGUUAACAUUUUUAUUAAAAGAUAUUUUCCUUGUUAAGAUAUGUGUAAAAUUCACAACCAGGUGGUUACCCCUGGAAAUAUUUCAAGCAGGUGCUAUUUUUAAAAAAGCUUGCUGUAUUAAACUGCGUUAUUUAAAUCUAAGUUUUACGCGGAAAAUGAUAACAUUAUUCACGAAUCAACGUCAAAAAAUAAAGAUUAAAUAUCGCGUAUGUUCUACUUCUCCAUUUUUAUAUACAAUGUAUCAAUGAAAACCAUAUUAUUCAGUAUUUAAUAUUUCGUAAACAUCUACAUUAAUUAAUACGAUUUUAUUCUUUUAGAUGAGCAGAGUGGGAUUCGAAUUAAGAGAGCCAUGUUAUUCGUAAUAAAAUUGUGAAAAGUAUGGAACAAAAAAUACUUAGUUUUCCAAAAUAAAUAUUUAUUUCGACGUAUAUAAAUUAAAAAUAGAAUUAGAAUCAAUUAUACUUAAUUCCCUUUUUCCUAUAGAAAGUACGCCAUUGUGCGUCUUAAUUAAGGACAUGUCAUGGUUGCUAUAAAAUUAACAAAAAAAGAAAAGAUACAACGAUAGAUCUAUGGUCUCUAUGAUCGAAACCAACUUUGCGAAGGGAGUACUAUACAUUUUCUAUAAUUGAUUAAGCUGUAGGUUCUUGAUACAAAUUAUAGAAUAGAACACAAAAGACUAGUUUAGACUCUAUUUUAAGUACUUUUUAUGACACAUGGUGAAAUACUAGAUAAGCGAUUUGUAUUUUAGGCAAUGUUCGUAUAUUUAUUGGAAGUUGUAUACAUAUUUUUCAACAUUUUUCGAAUGUUUUUUUAAAUAUACAUUUUUUUUUAGAAUUUGCUCGACUGAUUUGGGCAUCGAUUAUAGGCUGUGCGAUGUUAUUAAGACUUGACGUGCAAACAACAUUAAUAACAGAAGACGAUGUGCAUUUCAAAUAUAAUUACUAUUAAAUGAAAAAUAAGAUUAUAAAAAUGUGUAUCGCGAAAUCACCGAUAUUCAAAAUUUAAAAGCAUUACUUAAUAACGAAUCUUGUACGAAUCAGUGGAGCACUUAUUAUCCUGUACUAGGAGAUAGUACUUGAUAUCCAUAAUAUUAGUAAUUAUAUGUACAUUUCUUCUCAUCUAAUUUAUUAAAAGCGUUUUUAAUACAUGUAUAUGUAUAUAUAUUCGUUUAUACACGUUAUACGUGUAUAUUCGUGUAUAUUUAAGACAUGUAUGAUAAAUAUUCGUUGCAUAGACGUGCUUUUAUUCGUUUUCUUAAUAUGAUUAACUAUAAUGUCAAUGCUUCUAAUUAUGCUAGUCAAGCCAAUACAAAUCUAAAGUUUGUAAAAGGAUCUUUAAAUGUAAUUUUUCAGAUAGGUUAAUCUGCUGAAAAGUAUAUCAUUAUCAUUCUUGUUGCGAUUAUUAUUAUUAUUAUAAUUAUUAUAAUUAUUAUAAUUAUAAUUAUUAUUAUUAUUAUUAUUAUUAUUAUUAUUAUUAUUAUUAUUAUUAUUAUUAUUAUUAUUAUUAUAAUUAUUAUUAUUAUUAUUAUUAUUAUUAUUAUUAUUAUUAUUAUUAUUAUUAUUAUUAUUAUUAUUAUUAUUAAUACAUCUGUAAUAUGUAACUUUAUGCUCAAUAAACAUUUUUCUAUAAUACCAAUUGAUGGGAAAUACACGUGAAAAACAUUAGUUUGAGAAAAAUAUUUUAUUAGUUUUUCAACAAAUAUACAAUGUUUGUUGGCACAAGAAUUUGACGAAUUCUGAGAAAAACAGAAUAAAACAUGUACGUGCGAGAGUGUGAUUCUAAUUCAUCAAGUAUCUUCUCGAAAAAUAAUCAGUAAUAUUAGUGAAAUAGAAUUUGAGACAAAUUCAUAUCGAUAAUGUAAUGUAAUUGUAUCGAUUGUCGAUAACAUAGUAUAUCUAUUUGAAACAAAGAUUAAUAUUCGUAACCAAUGGCUUUGUGUAACGUCACGAUAAUCGAUAAAGCAAACAAAUGACAAUUGGUAA